UUAAUGGUCCGUAUUUUUCAUCAGCGUUUUUCGCUCAGGGAGUAUGAUUCGGUGAUGUUAUAGAAGACGUCGUGAUCCCCCCCCUUUUUUUGCGAUUGAAUUAUGGCCUCAGAUCUCAAAAUCGCACAACUUCCAAAUCCCUCGAGCGUUAUUCCUUCCGGCACGCGGAUAGACAGACACAUCUCUGUCAAUGAUAACAGCCCCCGCAAAGCCCGUUCACGUCGGCAUGGCUCUUGGUCUGCGUGGGAUUUACGGCAUCAUGCUCGUCGCGGAAAUCGUAACAGUGGGAAUGCGAUGCAGGCCACGAGGAGUGCCCGGUUCCCGGCUGACCCUCUUGGCCUAGAAGGUUUGCUCACUGAUGAGUCUCUGAACCGACAAGCCAAUGCUACCCCUCUCACCUCGCCGAUGGAUACCCCCGCCCGCCCCAGCCGAGUGGAGGUCGUCGUCCCGCCAAAUAUCGCAGAUCCAUUACAACUAGAUGAUGGAAACAGCUCUGAUGAGAAUGGUUCUCUGUCAAGCAGUGAUUCCGCUCCAAAGCGAAAAAGGAAGCACAGUAGUGGGAAACAUCAUCGUCCUCGUCACGGCAAGCGUCGGAAGACUGUUUCUGAGUCGGAGGAAAGAAAGUCUGGAGAUGAAAUUGAAUGCAGUGUUUUUAGGCCUGAUAUUGUUCUGCCUGUUGUCGCAAAGGAGGAAAGGCUUAGUGUGAGCCCCUGCAAGUCUAUUCCGCAGGUUUCCCAGCCGGCACAAAAAAAGAAAAACAGAUUUCAGUUUGGAAAUUAUAACAGAUACUAUGGAAAACGGAAUCCGACGGGAUUUGAUAUCCGCUUGAAUUAUUUUAAUAAAAGCUGGUUUGAUCGCAAAAUUUGUCUUGACAUCGGCUGCAACAUUGGGCACAUAACUUACUCGAUUGCCAAAGAUUUCAAUCCAGUUCGCAUAAUUGGUGUCGAUAUUGACCAACACCUGAUCACAGUGGCUCGAAAGAACCUGAAGCAUUACGUCAAGAUUCCCAGCGAUUCCCAAGCAUUGAUGGAGUUUCCUAAAGGAAUGAAGCACCUCUAUGGAUCGCUUCGACCCCAUCUGACGAUACCGGCUGGAUUCCACGUGGAGACGCCGAAAGGAGACGAAAUGUUUCCUUGUAACAUCGGCUUCAUUUCGGAAAACUACGUUGGCGAGAGCGACAAAGUUGUUGAAGAGGCUGUUCCUGAAGUGUACGACACUAUUCUUUGCUUGAGUGUAACAAAAUGGAUUCAUUUGAAUUUCGGCGACGAGGGACUCCUGCGUUUAUUCAAGCGAGCUUUUAAGCAACUGAAACCCGGCGGUCAGUUAAUUUUGGAACCUCAGCCUUGGUCAACCUAUGGGAAGGUGAAGAAGAUCACGCCGGAAAUCUUCGAAACGUACAAAAAGCUAAAAAUCCGACCACAACAAUUUCCCGACCUACUUGUCGGACAAGUUGGCUUCAAAAAGAUGGAGUUCCUCGCAUGUCCUAAGCACGAGAAGCGGGGGUUUUCUCGGCCUAUUCAAAUAUAUCACAAAAGACAGGAGACGAAACCGCGAGCAAGUGUUUCUUGGUCUUUAUCCAAAGACGGAAAUGUCAUAAUGACCACGCAAGCGUGUUUAGAAAAUGAUGCUGAUGAGUUCAUGUCUCAGUUGAAUCUGGAUGAAAUCCUCAGAAGCUGUGACAAUGCAAAAGCAUCCGGAAAAUCUCUGGUUAACCGGGAACCGUUUGUGGAAAACGAAGUGAAAGACCCUUCCGCUGAUUUCUGCAGACCAUUUUCUGUGCGUCAGAAACCGGAAAAUUUUCAAAGAAGCGGGUGUCAGUUUUUCGAUUGUGAGGGUGUUUGGAAAUCGAUGAUGACCCGAUAUCCUGAUGCCAGACCACUGAUUGAAAAAUUCAAUAUUGCUCAUUUGUGUCGUGAAUCGCAACGCAAAGGCUGGGAAAAAGUUCCAGUGAUGAAGUACCCUGCUGUCUGUUUCCGUGUCAAGUCUGUCGAAUACAAUGGUUCCGAUGCUGCCUUUCACGAUCCCACUGGAGAAAUGGAUGGUUGGAUUGACCCGAAUGUGAUCUCAUCUCGCGGACAAGUGUUCAAAGCCGGAAGCGUGAUAGUCGCGAAAAAUGUGCAAGUUGUGGUUUCUUCUUGGGGGCAGCCGACGGUGAAUAUAAAGGACGCCUAUUUGUGCGUCGUCGCACAUCAGACCGUCUCAGGGAUUCAGUUCCGCGAGUGGGUCGAGGAUUUCGAUUUCAAACGGUUGCUGAGGGACGCCGAAUCUGCGUGGAAAGUCGUCGACAAGAAUCGACAGAGUUGCCAGCAAUCGUUGGCUUCCAAUACGAAUGAUCUUCAUGGUGCUUCGCGAAUUUCGAAAGUCUCACUUUUGUCCUCUAUCACUGUCCCGAAGCCUCCGAAUAACGUGAUUCCUGCUGUAAUGGCGCGAUUGAAGCGUUCGUCCUCGGAAGCUGAUAGCGAAGACUCCAGCAGUAAUUCUAAGCGUUCCCGGGCGGAAAUGAGCGCCCCUGCAGAUAAACCAGCUGUGAUUCAGACAAAGUUGGAUUUCCCAGAUGAUGAUGGCUUCGACGAUUGGGCGGGAGAUCUGGAUUUUUAAAAUGUUUUUUCGAAAGUGCGCUUAUUGUUGCAUUGGUUUGCCUGCAUGCGUUUUACUACGGUUUGAACAAUAUUACGUCUAUUGAAUGGAAACAAACA